UGCAGAGCGACGCCGGCAGAAAGGCGGGAAGGGCGCCCUGCGGGCGGCGCCAUUUUGUUUCGCUGACAGGAUGAGGCGGGCUCGGCGGUUUUGCCUUCUCGCCCUCUCCCUGCUCGUCGUGGUGCCUUCUUGCGCCUUUAAACUAAACGUGCCCAAAGUGUUGCUGCCCUUCAGCCGGGAGAUGCGGGUGCCUUUCGUGCUGGAGGCUGAGGGGGGCUGUUACUCCUGGCAUUCCAUGCAUUACAACGUUGUCACAGCGGAGCCCUUUUAUGAGAAUGGUACUACGUGCUCCCAGAAAGCCCUGCUGUCUGCUCAGUCCGCACAGCCCGCCAAGCUGAGCAGCGCUGUGAUAGCUGAGGAACGCGUCACCGGCCAUACGCUGCGUUGCGAUGUGAUUGUUGACGUGAUCGACAGCAUUGAAAUUCUCUCCCGAACUCGGGAGAUCUACGUGGAAGAUUCUCCUCUGGAGUUGGCAGUGAGAGCCCUGGAUGUUAAAGGAAACACGUUCAGUAGCUUGUCAGGAAUGGCUUUUGAGUGGAGCGUCGCAAAGGAUGAGGACACGGACAGUAUAGAAUUGUCAGACAAAAUAAGGAUUUUAAAGUACUCAGAAGCUGACUACUCGCCACCAGAUUACAUUGUCGAGCUGGAAAGAGCAGAAAAACAAGGAGACAGGAUCCUGGUGUCAGGAAUCACAACUGGUGCAGCGGUUGUAAAAGUCCGAAUACAAGAAUCGACCUACAAGAAAGUGGCUGCUGCCGUGGUACGCCUGCUGGUUCUGGAGAACAUAGCGCUGAUCCCCGCUCAUGACGUUCGCCUCCUGGUUGGAGCACUUAUAAAAUACAGAGUCGUAAAAGUUGUACAGGGGAGGAUUACAGAGCUGGCAUUUCCUCUUGAGCAUUAUGAGCUUGAGCUUCGGGAUCAAGUCGUCGCUCCCGGCGGCUCUGAGCGCCUGCCCGUGGUCAGCCUGGAGGCGAAGGCCGCCGCCGUGCGAGCCGUGCAGCUGGGCCACAGCAGCCUGCUCUUGGUGCAUAGAAAUGUUCACAUGCGAGCUGCAUCUGCACUGCCUAACUGCACUAUCUCUGUCGUAGAAGCUGGAUUUUUAGGUUUCAGCGUCUAUCCAGGAGACAGAUGGGUGCUGGAAGUGCAGCGAGAGUAUGCCGUCACUGUGGAGGUUUAUGACAGGGACAGCACUAAGGUUUAUUUAUCGGAUAACCUCAGAAUUACUCACCGCUUUUCGAAGGAGUAUUUUCAAGAGAUAACAUCAUCUCCUAACGGGUCUCACCACGUAGUUCGAGUCCUCAAAGCUGGCGUCACAGUGAUCAAAGCUGAACUGGUCUCUGUCCUGCAGCAGGAUGGCUCUGGGGCUUCCUUCCCCGCAGCGAUCGGCCGGGAGCAGGAGGUGAAGCUGUACCGCCCCGUCAGCAUGGCCCCUCCCUUCCUUGCCUUCCCGUGGCAUCCCACUGGAGCCUUGUAUCAGUACAAACUCCAGGUGGAAGGAGGCAGUGGCAAUUUCUCCUGGAUUUCUUCCAAUCAAACUGUGGCCACGGUCACCAUAAAAGGAGCGGUGAGCGGAGGCCUGGCCCAGGGGCACUGCACAGUUCAGGCCAGAGAUGUACAGAACCCCCUUCAUUACGCGGAAAUACAGGUGCACGUGGAGCCUCUGGCAAAGGUGGAACUAAUGCCGCUCCGCGCAGACGUUGAGGUGGGGCACGUCCUGGUAGCUCCUCUCCAGGCCUACUUCAUGCAGAGGGAAACGAGGGAGUACGCUGCUUUCACUGACUGCUCCCUCUUACCUUUGGAGAUAAGCAUGGAAAAGAAAGGAGUGUUUGUCCUUACAGAAGGAGGUAAUCAGAAGGCUGACCGGAUAUCCUGCUCCAGCUUCCAAAUAGAAGCAAGGUCUUUGGGACACACGUUGCUGACAGUGGGCGUUAGUGCCCACCAGCAGCACUUUGAAACAAGUGCGAUGUUUGCUGCUUACGAACCCCUCAAGGCUGUCAACCCGAUCGAGGUGGCUUUGGUGACCUGGAAGGCAGAGAAGCAGAUUGUUUUUGAAGGUGGGCCAGGGCCCUGGGUUUUGGAACCAUCUCGUUUCUUUUCGGAACUGACUGUGGAGCAUAAAGAUAAAAUUGAGGUCACGCAAAUCCGACUGCCAACCCAAAGGAAAAUGAACCAGUAUGUGUACCAGGCUGCGUGCCUGGAGCUGGGGGAGCAGGUGCUCACGUUCCGGGUGGGGAACCGACCCGGGCAGCUGAACCCUGCUCCUGCCGUGGAGGUGGCUGCGGUGACGUUCAUCUGCGCUGCUCCUGCCAGCAUGUCCGUGAGCCCGGUGUACAGAGCGCUCGCUGCCGUUCGACCUUGUCUGCUGCCACAGCACAGCAAGCAGCUCAUCCCCGUCUCCAGCCGCAGGAGCACGGUGCUGGAGCUGGCUGUGUUCGAUCGGCAGCAGCGCAGGUUUGACAACUUCAGUUCCCUGGUGCUGGAGUGGAAGUCAUCCAACAGGAGCCUGGCGCACUUCUCUGACGCCAGCGCCAUGGAGAUGGUGCUGAAAGAUGACGGGAGCGGGCAGACCCAGCUGCACGGGCAUCAGCUUCUGGAAGUGCAUGAGAUUAAAGGAACUGUUCGUGUUGAAGUCAGCUUUGUCAAGUACACGACCAGGGGUGGCCCGCAGGCAGCGUCUGGCUUGCUUACCUCUGUGGAGUUCCUACUGGUCGAGGACGUGGCGGUUUUGCCAGAUAAUGUCACUAUAUAUAACCACCCUGCUGUAAAGGAGCUGUUCAGGCUGGUGGAAGGUUCUGGAUACUUCCUGGUCAACAGCAGCAAGGAGGGAAUAGCAAACGUGAGAUACUUGGAGGCAGACAGCGCCAUUGAGGUCACCCCUUUGCAGCCUGGAUUUUUAAGCCUGAGUGUCUAUGAUUUCUGUUUGGCCUUGUUGGAACCAGUUAUGGCCCACGUGCGCGUGUCUGACAUGCAUGAGGUGGAGGUGGAUCUCAGCGAAAAGGCCGAGAUUGGCAAGUCCCUUAUUGUCACUGUUCGAGUCCUGGGUUUUCAGCGACUUCCCUUGCAGAGUAAAUACUUCAAGUACAUGAAGCUGAAGCUGCAAGCAGCAUCACCUAUUGUUACCCUUGUGCAAGUGGAGGAAGUGGGAGAAUAUUCCCAAUUGUACAUACUUCACGCUGUUGCUGUGGGCCAGACAACUUUGGUAGCUACAGCCUGGGACAAGAUGGGCAGAAAAAUGACUUCUGCUCCACGGAAAAUUGAGGUCUUUCCUCCAUUUAAACUGAUCCCAAGGAAAAUUUCUCUUAUUCCACACAAUAUGAUGCAGGUGAUGUCGGAGGGUGGUCCCCAGCCACAGUCCAUCGUCCACUUCUCUGUCACCAACCGCUCCGUCGCUGAGGUCAGCUGGCUUGGACACGUGACAGCAAAGGCGGUCGGCACCACCACGAUACAGGGCACUAUCCAGGUGGUUAGUGAAGACACGGGAAGAGUGACUGUGUUCUCACAGGAUCAAGUGGAGCUAGAAGUGAUCCCGUUAAAAGCAGUAAGGAUUCACGUACCCGCCACGAGGCUCAUCGCAGGCACUGAGAUGCCAGUCUUCGUGGUGGGGCUGAACAACAUGCUGACUCCGUUUUCCUUCGGUAACACUAAGCCAGAGCUGAGCUUCCAGUGGUCAGUGAGCAAAAGAAAUGUCCUAGAGCUGCUUCCUCGACACAGGAAGGUUUCCAUCCAGCUCCCAGCAGAGAGCAACGUUGCUAUGGUCGUGUCCACCAGGGCAGCAGGUAGAACAAACAUCAGGGUGAAGGUGCAGUGUCUGAAUCCAUCUGCUGGGCAGUUUGAAGGGAAUGUGACGGAGCUGUCAGAUGAAGUGCAGGUCCUGGUAUUUGAAAAGCUGUUUGUAUUCUCUCCCUUGUUUUCCACUGAGCAAAUUUUAAUGUCCACGAAUUCUCAACUCAAGCUGUACACAAACAGGGAAGGAGCUGCGUUCGUGAGCCUUCAGAUCUUGCAGUGCUACCCCAACUCCUCAGUCCUCGAGGAGCCCGAUCAGGGGCUGCUGAGAGCCGGGCCCAUCACAGGCAUUGCUGCACUGGAAGUGACCUCUCUGGAGCUCUUUGGAGUCAAUCAGACAAUUGUAACGAGUAUCCAGGUUGCCCCCAUUUCCUAUUUAAGGAUAAACAUCAGUCCCCAGAUUUAUACCACCGGUGGCAUUUCCUUGGCCACGUUUCCCCUGGGAAUGUCCUUACUCAUUACGGUUGAGUUCUACAACAGCGUUGGGGAGAAGUUCCAUGCCCAGCACGCCCAGCUGCGCUUGUCUGUGAACAGAGAUGACUUGCUGCUCAUUAGACCUGCAGAUAAGAAUCACACCUACGUCGCUCAGGCUGUGAGCAGAGGAGUGACGCUCUUGACUAUCCAGGAUAGGAAGCAUCCAGGCGUGGCUGACUACGUCCCUGUGCCUGUGGACUACGCCAUCAAGCCAGAGCUCUCCAGGCCCCUUGCAGUAGGAGACGUCGUCUGUUUCAGCUCACCCCUUGUAAACCAGGAAGGUGAACCGGGGACGUGGCGCGUUUCCCCCCCCGCUGUUCUUGCCGUAGACAGCGCGAGCGGAGCGGCGUUAGCGAAGAGCUCCGGAACGGCGACAGUCUUCCACGACAUCCCAGGGAUAGUGAAAACAUACAGAGAGGUCGCCGUCAAUGGCUCGUCCCAGUUGAAUCUCCGGACUGGUCAGAAAAACUAUUUAACAAAUGCUCCCAGUUCGUCUGCGUUCCACGUUCUCGUUGCCACAAGCAGCGGGAGGGAAACCCUCCAAGGCUCCUGCAGCUCCGCUCAGCUCAGCGCCAUCGCGCAGCGCCUCGUCGCGCAGCCCUUCCUGCAGUGCCGCGUCGCGUUCAGCAGCACCGCGCUGGACGUUCCAGCUGGGGACGUCUUCCUGGUGCGCUCAGAAUUCAGCACCCAGGAAGGCCUCUACGUCUGCGCGAUCACCGCGAAGCCGCAGCGCGGUGAAGCCGUCCUGGCGCUCAGCACAGCCGACACCUCCGUGCGUGUGGCCGUGUCUGUGGGCAGCGAGCAGGGGCCGGGCGGCACACACAGCAUCCUCGUUCCUUUCCUCCCCGCCUUCUACCUCAGUCAGUCAGAAUUGGUUUUCAGCGCCACGCAGCUGACGGGCGUGCUGAGCGUGCUGGGGGCUGACAAAGUGUUGGACAACCUGGAGGUUCGCUCCAGCUCUCCAGCCCUGGCGGUGACGCCUGCCGAGUUCUUCUCGGACAAGCCCGGGCUUGUGCACUACACGGUGCGCGUGCUCAACCUCAGCUCCCUCCAGCAGAGGCCAGCAGCCGCCUCCAUCACCGUCUCUUGCGCGCUCACCGGCCAAAGGGAAGUGGUGACAGCGAGAGCUCUCGCUGAGCAGUGUCCCCCUGGGCAGUGCGGCGCAGCGGGAAUUCACCAGCAGCUGGCAAGCUCUUACCAGAUUCUCCUCUUCACUCUCUUUGCUGUUUUAGGAUCGACAGCUGUUCUGUACCUCGCGUACAACGCCUUCCUGGCCAGGCUGCAGACCCUGCCCCUCGUCUACGUGUCCAGCGCGGCUGUGCCCCGGGCAGGCUCCUCCCAGCCCGGCAGCUCCAUGCAGGGAGGCCCCAGGACGCAGCUGGGGCUGUGGAGCGUGCGGAGCUGAACCGGGCCGUGCCCCUGCACUGCACAGCGGCAGCUUCGUUCCGACGGGGAUGGAAGGGAGCUCUGUUUACCCCAAGUUACCUCCUGCCCUGAACUGUGAAGGUGAAGAACCCGUUAUUUUUGUCAGUUAAGCGUUGAGGGGAAGAUGGGGACGGUUCAGGAUCAGCCCCAUCCCCCUCCCACAACGGCGAACACAUUAAAGGCAAUUCAACGGC